UUAUCCAUUCCCGCCACACACACACUGCAGCCAAAAGCUCCGGACACCCCCGGACGCACAAUGCCUCUGUUCCUCCUCUCCACUCGCCCACCCUCCCCGCUCAUCACCUGCCACGCGUCCCCCGGCACACUGCGCACCCGCCUUGUCCCUCCACCACCACCACCUUCUUUGCCUCCAAACCCUAACCCAACCCCUCUCCCCUCGCUAACUUGCGCCCUCCAGUGCUCUCACUUCCAAUCGUGCUCCGGGUGUACUCAGGAGCUCAAUCUCCACCGUCCGACAAUCCUCGACGAGGCCACCGAGUUCUUCAAGAGCAUCGGGGUCUCAAAAUUCACGUUUGAUAGUUGUAAACUGUGGGGAUGGCGUUGCCGCGCGAAACUGGCGGUUCGUGGCUCAGCGAAAAGCCCUCUCAUCGGGCUCUAUGAGGAGGGUACUCAUAAUGUGGUGGACAUUCCUCACUGUAAAGCUCACCAUCCGAAUAUUAAUGCCGCUGUGGAACUGCUUCGACAAGGUAUUAUAGAGCUGAAUGUUGAGCCGUAUGAUGAGGAUCAGGGGACUGGUGAUUUACGAUAUGUUCAGAUGGCCGUGACAACAUACAACACAUCGCUUCGGGCCUCUGAAAGAUAUAGAAAUGGUAAAGUACAGGUUGCUCUGGUUUGGAAUUCGAGAAAUGAGAAUUCCUCUAAUUCAAAUAAACUUAAUGCCUUGGCCAAUUUUUUAUGGAGAAAUGGUGGGCCAAAGAGCAAUCUCCAUUUAAUACAUUCUGUGUGGGCUAACUUUCAGACAUCGAGUAAUAAUAUAAUUUUUGGCAAUAGAUGGAGACAUCUUUUAGGAGAGAAAGACUUCUGGGAACAUGUUGGUGGAAUCGAUAUUUCUUUGGCUCCAUCCAGUUUUGGCCAAGCAAACACACGGGCUUUUGAUGUCUUGCUCCGGAAGUUACAAAAGUAUGUCCCUUUUGGUGCAUCUGUGGCUGAUUUGUAUGCAGGAGCUGGUGCAAUUGGACUAUCAUUAGCUGCCACCAGAAAAUGCAGGUCUGUUAAAUGCAUUGAGAUUAACAAAGAAUCAAAGUUGUCUUUUGAGAAGACAGCUGACCGCCUAUCACACAUUAUUGAGAGCAGCGUCAGCUGGCAUCAUGCAGAUGCUUCAAAGGAACCUCGUUCUUGGAUAGUGGGGUCUGAUGUAAUUGUAGUUGAUCCUCCUAGAAAGGGAUUGGACCCGUCUCUUGUUGAUGCAUUACAGAGUAUACCAAGAAUGGAGCUUAAAGCCAAGUCAUCAUUUGAAAGUCCUCGCUCUAAGGACAAAGACGAAAAAAGACCAUGGAUUUUACGUGCUAGGGAAGAUUCAGUUCAGAUUGGAAGCGAAACAACUUCAGAUGACAGUGAAGCACUGCCUGAUACCCUUAUUUAUAUAAGUUGUGGAUGGGAAAGCUUUAAAGAGGAUUGCAAUUCAUUGUUGUCGAGUAAGACAUGGCAUUUGGAAAAAGCUCAUGGUUACAAUUUCUUUCCUGGCACCCAGAGCAUUGAGGUUUUGGCUGUGUUCAAGAGGGGUCAAGGAGUAGGCCUCAAGAAAAAGAAAUCAGGAAAGAAAAAGAAGAAACCCUUGUAGGGACACACUGAGCUAUGGCUUUAGCACGAUGUUUUGCUAAUGUCCAAUUGGACUAUAAGCAAGUUGCAUGUAAGAAGACAGAAGAUGCACUAUGAGAGAUGGGGAAAUUGCAUACAAAGAAGGAGAAGAUGAAUCGUGCAUGAGAGAUUGUCUGAAUCAGAAAGCAAUUGUCAGUCCAUUCCUGUGUUGUUGGAUUCAAAAAGGAUUUGUUGUUCAUCAUUGACUGAUAUUUUGUAUAAAAAGAACGGUUACAAUGAAAUGAAAUUUGAUAUCAUUGCAGUA